GCUGCGUUACCACGUCAGUGAAGUUUACAGGGACGGUUCUAGCCGGUUUCUUUGCGAGGCCAUAUAAACUGUUUUGAUUCGUGUUGAGUUAGUUGGAAUACUUAUAUAAUAUUCAACAUAGAAGACCGGUUUAUAUCUACAGGAACCCCCUGUUUGCUAUUUCUGUACCCAGGCGAACCAGCGUUAAUGUGAAGUCAACGUCACCGCCGCUUCCCGGGUCGCCAUCUUGGAAUUGGGGUCAGUCGUACUGGCAAGCUGUAAAAAUGGUAGACCGGAAUAUCUACAUAAUUCAAGGUGAAAUCAGCACAGUUGUUGGUGCAAUAAAACGCAAUGCAAGAUGGAGCAUUCACACUCCUUUGGAUGAGGAACAGGACCCGUUGCUCCACAGUUUUAGCCUCCUUAAGGAGAUGUUAAAUAACAUAAAAGACCUUUCUGAAAUUGAACCAAACAUUUUUCUUCGUCCUUUCCUGGAAGUAAUCCGCUCCGAAGACACUACCGGUCCCAUCACAGGACUUGCCCUAACAUCUGUUAAUAAGUUUCUCUCUUAUGCACUAAUAGAUCCUGUUCACGAAGGUACUGCCGAAGGAAUUGAAAAUAUGGCAGAUGCAGUUACACAUGCCCGUUUUGUUGGCACUGACCCAGCAAGCGACGAAGUUGUCUUGAUGAAAAUCCUGCAGGUUUUACGUACCCUGCUUCUUACUCCGGUGGGUGCUCAUCUAACAAACGAGUCAGUUUGUGAAAUCAUGCAGUCCUGCUUCCGAAUUUGCUUUGAGAUGAGGCUGAGUGAGUUAUUGAGAAAAUCUGCAGAGCACACUCUUGUCGACAUGGUGCAGCUGCUCUUCUCAAGACUACCUCAAUUUAAGGAAGAAGCUAAAAGUUAUGUUGGAACAAACAUGAAAAAGCUUAAAAUGAGAGCUGGCGGAAUCAGUGACUCUACGAAAUGGAAGAAACAAAAGAGAUCUCCAAGAGCACAGCGUCACAUGACCAAAACUGAGGCUGGAGCCGAUUCUUGUUUGCAGCCAUUAACAAAUGGUAAUAAUGUCACCAACAGUGUAACAGGCGGCUUUCCUUUUAUUGAACCUUCAUCUCCAGAUGCUACCAUGCCUAGCUCAGUAGGAAGUUCAGAAAUUGCUUCUUCUGUGGUCAGCCCCACCACUGACAGUGGUUUAGAAUUGUUAUCACAGGCUACGUCCAAGGAAGACCUCUCAGAAUUGGAUCACUCAAUUACCCCAGUGUCUCCUCUGCAAUCAAUAGGAGAUGUAUAUGUCUCAGAGCACCAGAGACAGGACGGUCAUAAGCAUGAAGAGGUCAUGAAACAGAAGACUCAAUUUGCCUCAGUGGAAUCAAUCCCUGAAGUUGUUGAAGAUAACAUGUCAAUGGCUGAUCAGUCUGACACUGCCUCAGUUCAUGAUAUGGAUUACGUAAAUCCCCGGGGUGUGAGGUUUACUCAGUCUUCACAAAAAGAAGGAACAAUCUUGGUUCCGUAUGGAUUACCUUGCAUUCGUGAGCUGUUCCGUUUUCUAAUUUCUUUAACCAACCCCCAUGACCGACAUAAUUCUGAUGUGAUGAUACACAUGGGGCUGCAGCUUAUCACAGUAGCUCUGGAGUCUGCACCCAUUUCAAAUUAUGUCUCACUUCUGGGACUUGUGAAAGAUGAGCUUUGUCGGCACUUAUUCCAGUUACUGAGCGUGGAACGACUAAAUUUGUAUGUGGCCUCCUUACGAGCAUGUUUUCUUCUUUUCGAGAGUAUGAGGGAACAUUUAAAGUUUCAGCUGGAAGUGUACAUAAAGAAGCUAAUGGAUAUAAUUACUAUAGAAAACCCCAAAAUGCCAUACGAGAUGAAAGAAAUUGCACUGGAUGCAAUUGUACAAUUGUGGCGAAUUCCCAGCUUUGUAACAGAGCUCUAUAUUAAUUUUGACUGUGAUUUCUAUUGCUCCAACCUCUUUGAGGAUCUCACAAAGCUGCUGUCCAAGAAUGCCUUUCCUGUGUCAGGACAGCUGUAUACAACCCAUUUGCUAUCCCUAGAAGCUUUACUUACUGUCAUUGAUAGCAUAGAGGGGCACUGCCAGGCUAAAAUCCUCAGCAACACUGCCCAACAGGAUAUGAAGGAGAUUGGGAAAAGCACUGUGGACAUCUCAGAAGAAACUAAAGAAUCUGGAAAUAGCAUCAACUGCUCCACUGAAGUCAAAGAUCCAAAUGUUCAUGUAGAGUCCCCUGGAGUGCGACCUCCCACAAGCGGUCAUAUAAUGGCAAACAAAAUGAACCUUGAAGCAGAGGAUGCAGAAGAUGUUGGUGAAGGAGUUGAAAAGAAUCCUGUAAGGAAACCUCAGCGAUUCUUAUCCACACUUCCGAGUGUGCAAGAAUUGAAUGACAUAAAGAACAAGAAAAAGCUGCUGAUAACUGGAACAGAGCAGUUCAACCUGAAACCAAAGAAUGGGAUACAGUUCCUACAAGAGAAAAAUCUUUUGGCAACUCCCAUGGACAACAAAGAGGUUGCCCAAUGGCUUAGGGAAAACCCAAGACUGGACAAGAAGAUGAUUGGCGAGUUUGUGAGCGACCGCAAGAACUUGGAAUUACUUGAAAGCUUUGUAGGAACAUUUGGUUUCCAAGGCUUAAGAAUUGAUGAAGGUCUGAGACUUUACCUUGAAGCUUUCCGUCUGCCUGGGGAAGCACCAGUGAUUCAUAGGUUACUUGAGGCGUUCACAGAGCAUUGGAGAAAAGCUAACGGAACUCCCUUUGCAAAUAGUGAUGCCUGCUUUGCUUUAGCCUAUGCUGUCAUAAUGCUGAACACUGACCAACACAAUCAUAAUGUCCGCAAACAGAAUGUGCCGAUGACUCUCGAGGAAUUCAGAAAAAACUUGAAAGGUGUGAAUGGUGGGAAAGACUUUGAUCAAGACAUGCUGGAAGAUAUGUAUCAUGCAAUAAAAAAUGAUGAGAUUGUUAUGCCAGAGGAGCAGACUGGCUUGGUGAAGGAGAACUACGUAUGGAAUGUUUUGUUGCACAGAGGGGCCACUCCAGAGGGUAUCUUCUUGCAUGUGGUACCAGGAAAUUAUGAUCAUGACCUAUUCACAAUGACUUGGGGGCCAACUAUUGCUGCUUUGUCAUAUGUCUUUGACAAAAGUAUGGAUGAAACCAUCAUACAGAAAGCUAUAUCUGGUUUCAGAAAAUGUGCCAUGAUAUCUGCUCACUGUGGACUAAGUGAUGUUUUUGACAAUCUUAUUAUCUCUCUUUGCAAGUUUACAACUCUUAGCAGUGAGGCAGCAGAGAACCUGCCAACUGUUUUUGGAAGCAACCCUAAGGCUCAGGUUGCUGCAAAGACUGUUUUUCACUUAGCCCAUCGACAUGGAGAUAUUCUGCGGGAGGGCUGGAAAAACAUCAUGGACUCCAUGUUGCAACUGUUCCGUGCGGAACUGUUGCCAAAGGCUAUGGUAGAGGUGGAAGACUUUGUGGACCCCAAUGGAAAGAUCUCUCUGCAACGGGAGGAAAUCCCUGCCAAUCGUGGAGAGUCAACUGUAUUGAGUUUUGUUAGCUGGUUAACACUAAGUGGAACCGAGCAGUCCAGUCUUAGAGGUCCUUCCACAGAAAACCAGGAAGCAAAGAAAAAUGCUCUGGAAUGCAUUAAGUUAUGUGAUCCAGAGAAAUUGAUCACAGAAAGCAAGUUUCUUCAAUUAGAGUCACUGCAGGAAUUGAUGAAGGCACUAAUAUCUGUGACACCAGAUGAAGAGAUGUAUGAUGAAGAAGAUGCUGCCUUUUGCCUUGAAAUGCUGUUAAGGAUUGUCUUGGAAAACAGAGACCGUGUUGGCUGCGUAUGGCAGGGUGUACGAGAUCACCUCUACCGUUUAUGUGCUCAUGCUGUGGAAUUCUGUUUCCUUGUUGAACGUGCAGUAGUUGGACUACUUCGAUUGGCAAUACGGCUAUUACGGCGAGAGGAUAUAAGUGCACAGGUUCUCCUCUCUCUGCGUAUUCUUCUAAUGAUGAAACCAAGUGUGUUGUCUAGAGUGAGUCGCCAGGUAGCUUUUGGUCUUCAUGAGCUCCUUAAAACAAAUGCUGCCAACAUCCACUCUAACAAUGAUUGGUACACGCUCUUCUGCCUGCUAGAGUCCAUAGGAGCAGGAGUAAAGCCACCAACCGCUUUACAGAUGACAAACAGGACUGAUAACGAUGCAGGUGCGCAGUCAGACAGUGAGAUUUCAUCACACCAUCCCAAUGAUGUGAGCCAUGACCGCGGGUACACAUCAGAUUCAGAGGUUUACACAGAGCACAGUAAACAAUCAAAGAUUCAUCGUCCUGUCACCGAGGUGGACAUGGUGAACAGUGGCUGGCUGGUGGUUGGAAAAGAAGAUGUUGACUCUAAAGUUGUUGCUGUAAUGAACAAACAAGUUGCAAAUAUCCAAGUGAAUCAGUACAGCUUAACUAUUGGUCAUGACUUUGGUCCACAUGAUACCAAAUCUCUCAUGAAGAGUGUUGAGUCUCUCUCUUUUAUUGUCCGAGAUGCUGCACAUGUAACCCCUGAAAACUUUGAGCUCUGUGUGAAAACCAUUCGAAUUUUUGUAGAGGCAAGUCUAAACGGAGGUGCGUGGUACAAAUCUCAGGAAAAACGGGUGAAAAGCCACAAGUAUGACAACAAAGCCUACCGAUUAAAGAAGAAAACCAAGGACAAAGACAACCAAGUCCGUCGCUCCAGGGUGUCCAUGCAACGACAGUACCGGCCUCACAGCGAUGAUGAGGAAGAUGACAGUGUGCCAGCCAGUUACCACACUGUGUCAUUACAGGUUAGUCACGACCUUCUUGACCUGAUGCACACGCUGCACACGCGGGCUGCCAGUAUCUAUAGUUCUUGGGCAGAGGAACAGCACCACCUAGAGUCAGCAGGGGAAAAGAUAACAGCAGACUCCAGGACACUGUGGUCAAGUUGCUGGUGCCCAUUGCUGCAAGGCAUUGCAUGGCUGUGUUGUGAUGCAAGGCGUCAGGUUAGAAUGCAGGCACUCACUUAUCUGCAACGAGCUCUCUUGGUCCAUGAUCUACAGACAUUAGAUGCUCUGGAAUGGGAGUCAUGCUUUAAUAAGGUGCUGUUUCCAUUAUUGACAAAACUCUUGGAAAAUAUUAGCCCAGCUGAUGUGGGAGGUAUGGAAGAGACAAGAAUGAGAGCUUCCACUCUACUUUCUAAGGUCUUCCUGCAACAUCUUUCUCCCUUGCUCUCCCUGGCUACAUUUGCUGCCCUGUGGCUGACAAUACUUGAUUUCAUGGACAAGUACAUGCACGCCGGCUCAAGUGACCUACUGAUGGAGGCUAUUCCUGAGUCUCUUAAAAACAUGCUACUAGUUAUGGACACUGCAGGAAUUUUUCACAGUGCAGACUCUAGAACUGGAUACUCGGACCUAUGGGAAAUAACAUGGGAGAGGAUAGAUUGCUUUCUUCCUCAUCUGAGGGAAGAACUUUUCAAGCAAACAGUCAUCCAAGAGCUUCCCCAUGUGGCUGCACCAGAGCACUGUUCUUCUUCUCCUACAGACUUAAGGACUUCUACUCCAGCACCGUUGGAAAAACAACCUGAAAAAGGACCAUGUGACCCAGAAUCACCAUGUGCAUCAAUACCUGCAAAUUCAGCAGCUGUGCCCAGUUCACCCUGCAAUCCGAUAAGAAUAAGUCCUGUCACAGAGAUACCUUCUAACAUUACACAAUCACCUCUCAUCUUGCACCCUCUUACAUCCCCACUUCAAGUGGGUGUCCCUGCAAUGUCACUGCCAAUUAUCCUUAAUCCAGCUUUAAUAGAGGCUACUUCUCCAGUGCCUCUUCUUUCCACCCCUCGUCCUGGUGAUUCUACAUCUGUUUCAGAGGUCAACUAAUUCCUGGCCUUGUGGACUUUGCUCCUCAAUUAAUUGUGAAUUUUGUAACACUGCUGGUCAGGACAAGACUAGGUGCUGUUUUUAUUCAAAGGACACCAUUAUUUAAGAGUAAAAUAGCCAGUUGGGUAAAUCUGCACGGGAAGGAAAUAACAUGCCUGUAAUCUUCCUGAAUUUGUGUCCCACAGUUAUCCACCUACAACAAAACAGUGACACAUUGUAUAUAAUGUAUCAACUUUUUCAAUGUAAAAUAUACUAGAAUCUAGUGUGGGAUACAAAAAGCCAUUGUUGAAUUAAAGGAAAAUCAGUUCUCAUCCCUUAACUCUUUCAGUUAAAUGUGAGACAUCGAAGUUUUAUUUUAACCAUGACAUUCCAUUGUUCUUGAAAUGUAGCUGAUUGGUAUGUGGUUUUCCCAGAAUACUAUUGUCUUCAAAUAUCUCUGCAUCAUUCAGCUGUACUUAUAGCAUGAUUUCAUUGUCAUUAACAAUAUUUUAAAGUCAUUGAACUCGUCAUCUAGGAUACAAAUAUAUUGUUAUCUCCUUUUUUUCACAAUUAGUCAUCAAUUCGAUAUCAUAUUAUCUGUGUAGACUCAGUUUAAUGUGCAGUAUACAACUGGCAAAUUGCAAUUUCUCAAACAGUUGCAAUUCCGUAUCAGAUAAUAUAUUCACAUUGUCACCAAGCGUUAAAUAAAUGUGUGAAAAUGCAGUCACUAAACCAA